AUGAACACUACAAUUGUAUUCCUAGUGCUCGGCCUUGUUGUUCUGGCGUCGUGUGCGCCCAGGACAAAGGACUCGGACAGUUUACACCUAGCCAGAGGAUCCCCACAAUAUAUUAAGGGAAAUGUUCCUGGAGUAAAAGGUAAUUCACGUCCACCACCAAAUAUAUCCCUCCGAAAAGGUGAAUACAUGUGUGGAAAUAAAGUGUGUAAGCUUCUACCCGGAGAGAUUCCCAAAGGAUGUAAUGGAAUUUGUCAAUAUAGAGUUUAA